AUGUCCGGAGCCUCCAAGGAGAGUUUGGCGACCCAGGGACUGCCGGUGUCAGGCAAGGCCUGCUUAACCACCAUGGACAAAAAGCUUAAUGUGCUAAACGAGAAGGUUGACAAACUCUUGCAUUUCCAAGAAGAUGUCUCGGAGAAACUGCAGUGUGUGUAUCAAGGUAUGGGCCACCUGGAGCAAGGCCUACACCGGCUGGAGGCCUAUCAGAUUCUGGGCCCAGGUGGGGCUGACCACAAUCCUCCAGCUCACUCACAGGCUGGGUGGCCAGAGGUCCUGGAGCUGGUGAGGGCUGUGCGGCAGGAUGCUGCCCAGCAUGGCGCCAGGCUUGAAGCCCUGUUCAGGAUGGUAGUGGCCGUGGACAAGGCCAUAGCUUUGGUGGGGGCCGUGUUCCAGAACUCGAAGGUGGUGGAUUUCAUCAUGCAAGGGAGUGUCCCCUGGAGGAAAGGAAGCCUGGCUGAUGGCCCUUUGGAGAACAAAGAUAGAGUGGAAGAGAAAGGAGCAAAACCAAAGCAUGCACUGAGCACCAGAGCUGUGCAAGCCGAGAUCAGGGGGCCUUGGGAAGAGAGCCAGCAGGCGAGCCUCCCAGAGGGGACGGUGGAGAGGCUGACCCCCGUCAAUGCUUCAGAGAUAGGAUCUGACCUCCCCACCCAGGCAGAGGCCCCGCCAGGGCAGGAAGAAGGAGUUCCUGGCCCAGCCCAAGUGCCCCCUGGUCUCCCGCUGCUGCCCACAGAGGUGGAAGCCAAAGCUCCUGGAGCAUUCGUUGAGAAGCCUGGGACUGGCCAGGAGUUGUCUGCAGCAUCCACCGGGGUCCGUGAGGCCCCCACCAGCCAGGAGGAUUUACCUGGUACAGAACAAGGAUCAUCAUUCAGCAGGCCUGACCCGCGGCCCUCAGAGGCAGGCAUGAGGCUGACUCCAGGGCUGCCAGUCCAAGCCAAGGUAGCUCACAGUGGUGGAGAAACACCUCCAAGGAUCUCCAUCCAUGUGCAGGAGACAGAUACCCCUGGGGAGCUGCUUGUGACACGAGGGGGCGGCCUCAGACCCAUGCCCCUUGUGGAGGCUCCGGCAGCUGCCCAUCCCGGUGAGCAGGACCCACCUGGGCCCGCACCCCAGACCCCUGCAACCAAGUCAGAAAAACAGAUCCUGAAAGGAGCCAGCAAGAUUUCCCCACUGUGGAAACGGAGCAGCCGUGAGGGAGCAAAAGCAGAGGAAAAGCAGGGGCCUGGGGCCGAGUCGGCCAUGGGACCAAGCGGGGCCAGGAGGGACAAAGGAGCCGAUGCUGGAGGCCCGGGCUGGCGGCAGGACAAAGGCAAGUGUGCAGGAAACGCUGAGCCCGGGGAGGACAGCACAGCUGGGGGUGCAGGCAGAGCUGGAGCAGGAAGGAGGACGCCCCCUGGAGAUGAGGCUGGCAGCAUGGUUCUGGAUGACAGCCCAGCCCCACCAGCCCCUUUCGAACACCGGGUGGUGAGUGUCAAGGAGACCUCGACCUCAGCAGGUUACACAGUGUGCCAGCAUGACGUCUUGGGAGGAGGCCGGUUUGGCCAGGUCCACAGGUGCACGGAGAAGUCCACAGGCCUCUCGCUGGCAGCCAAGAUCAUCAAAGUGAAGAGUGCCAAGGACCGGGAGGAUGUGAAAAACGAGGUCAACAUCAUGAACCAGCUCAGCCAUGUGAACCUGAUCCAGCUCUAUGACGCCUUUGAGAGCAAGAACAGCUUUACCCUCAUCAUGGAAUAUGUGGAUGGGGGUGAACUCUUUGACCGGAUCACAGAGGAGAAGUACCAGCUGACCGAACUGGAUGUGAUCUUGUUCACCAAGCAGAUCUGCGAGGGUGUGCAUUACCUCCAUCAACACUACAUCCUGCACCUGGACCUCAAGCCGGAGAACAUACUGUGUGUCAAUCAGACAGGACAUCAAAUUAAGAUCAUUGACUUUGGACUGGCCAGAAGGUACAAGCCUCGGGAGAAGCUGAAGGUGAACUUCGGCACUCCAGAGUUCCUGGCCCCGGAAGUUGUCAACUAUGAAUUUGUUUCCUUCCCUACGGACAUGUGGAGUGUGGGAGUCAUCAUCUACAUGCUACUCAGUGGUUUGUCCCCAUUUCUAGGGGAAACAGAUGCAGAGACCAUGAAUUUCAUUGUGAACUGUAGCUGGGAUUUUGACGCUGACACCUUUGAAGGGCUGUCUGAGGAGGCCAAGGACUUUGUUUCCCGCCUGCUCGUCAAAGAGAAGAGCUGCAGAAUGAGUGCCACACAGUGCCUGAAACAUGAGUGGUUGAAUAAUUUGCCUGCCAAAGCUUCAAAAUCCAAAGUUCGUCUCAAAUCCCAAUUAUUACUGCAGAAAUACAUGGCUCAGAGGAAAUGGAAGAAACAUUUCUACGUGGUGACUGCUGCCAACAGGCUAAGGAAAUUUCCAACUUGUCCCUAAUUCUCAACUCUGCUGCUCCCAUGGGCCCAGAUGGUGAUGAAGUGAUAACUCAAAAUUUUUAAUAAUCCAGUCUUGUACUAACAUUGAUUCCACUUGUUUUGUAGAGAAAGUUUAUGGCUCUUGCCUUCCUUGUGGAUGAAAAGUGGCUGUAAGGAAAGUGACCUACAGACUUUUUUCUGCCUUACAAGAUCAUACUAAGUUGAAAUGCUGUGUUUACUUUUCAAGUAUACCUACUUUGGGUGAUAAGUGUAGGCAUGCUUUAGGUAGGUAGGAAACUUCUACUUUGUGUAUGUCAAAUUUAUAGUCCAAACUUACUCUGAUUAAAGAACUUAGUAGACAAUUACACAGGGUCAUUUUAUUCAGUGUUAUUCCCUCCAGUACAAAGAAUUCUUAGAAUUUUGAUUUGCUCACGUGUGAGCUGACAUUUAACUGUACUACCCUGCUCUCAUGGAAAGCAACGUGGACUUAGGGCCAUGAUCCUCAAACUUGUUUUCACUUGUGCUCCCUUUUGAGAAUCAAACCAUACAUCCUUUAAUAUUCUUUGAAACUUCAAAAUAUACCACCUAUCCUGGCUAAAUCAGAACAAUGAUUAUUUUGAAUAUGCUUUUUAAAUCUAUACACACCUCCACCAUCUCCUAAUUGGCCCUGUCCUGGCAUUGGUAGUCUCACUCCUGGCCUCCCUUCCUCAGUUACGAACUUACGGUCUAGUAAGUCUGGAACUGAUAUGCAAUAUGUAAAACAGAAGAAUGUAACGAUGUUCAGCUUUCUGAGAGAAACACA